AUUCGAAAGACAUAUAUGGAGAAAUCAACAAUGUCAGUUAUAGUACUGGUGUUGCACCUUUUUGUCCUUCAUCUUCAGUAUUCAGAGGUUCACUCGCUUUCCAACAAUCAUCCUCAUGAUUUUAGCUACCUGAAAUUUGUUUACAACGCCAGUGAUCCACAAUUGGAAGGAACAUAUGACUACAUUGUAGUUGGUGGAGGAACAUCAGGGUGUUCAUUGGCAGCAACUUUAUCAGAAAAGUACUCGGUGCUUGUUCUGGAAAGGGGCACUCUUCCUACAGCAUAUCCAAACCUGUUGACCACAGACGGGUUUGUAUAUAAUCUCCAACAAGAAGAUAACGGACAGACACCAGUUCAAAGGUUUGUGUCCGAAGAUGGUAUCGAUAAUGUACGAGGAAGGGUCCUCGGAGGCACGAGCAUGAUCAAUGCUGGCGUGUAUGCCAGAGCUAACAUUUCAUUCUAUAAUCAAUCAGGAAUUGAAUGGGACAUGGAUUUGGUUAAUAAGACAUAUAAGUGGAUUGAAGACACCAUUGUUGUCAGGCCGAAUUGGCAACAGUGGCAAGCUCUUGCAGGAGAUGGAUUGUUCGAGGCUGGUGUUUCUCCACGCAAUGGAUUCAGUUUGGAUCACGAACCAGGAAUAAGACUCACCGGAUCAACUUUCGACAAUAAUGGAACAAGACAUGCAGCUGAUGAACUGCUUAAUAAUGGAGACGCAAAUAACUUGCGAGUUGGAGUUCAUGCCACAGUAGAGAAGAUCAUCUUCUCGAACCGUAAUCAAUUAGGUAAGCCAGCGGCUGUAGGAGUCCAAUACAGUGAUGCUAACUUACAGUCUCAUCAGGCAUUUAUACACAGUAAGGGAGAAGUUAUAUUGAGUGCAGGAACUAUUGGGACCCCUCAACUUCUAUUACUCAGUGGUGUUGGCCCAGAGUCUUACUUAUCAUCUCUGAAAAUCAAAGUUUAUCAUGACAAUCCUUAUGUUGGCCAGUAUGUGUACGACAAUCCUCGUAAUUUCGUUAACAUUUUGCCGCCAAAGCCACUGAAACCCUCAUAUGUAACGAAACUAGGCAUUACAGACGAUUUCUACCAAUGUUCUAUCUCAAUGUCGAAUUAUUCCACUCCACCCUUUAGUCUUUUUCCUAGUCCAUCUUAUCCGUUGCCACCUUCAAGUUUCGCUCACAUUGUUAACAAAAUUUCUGGACCUCUGUCAUAUGGUUAUGUCACGUUACGAUCAUCCAUUGAUGUGAGAGUUGCUCCAAAUGUCAAAUUCAACUACUUUUCAAAUCCGAUAGACCUUUCUCAUUGUGUUAGUGGUAUGAAAAAUAUUGGUGAUUUCCUAAGGACAGACAGUUUAAAACCAUAUAGAGCUAAUCCAGAUUUACCGGGCAUAGAUGGUUUCAAUUUCUUAGGAAUACCUUUGCCCAAAAACCAAUCAGAUGAUGCAUCAUUUAAAACAUUUUGUCAAGAUGCUGUAGCCUCAUAUUGGCAUUACCAUGGUGGAUGCCUUGUUGAGAAGGUUGUUGAUGACGGUUUGCGUGUUAUGGGGAUCGACGCAUUACGUGUUGUUGAUGCCACUACAUUCCCUUCCAUGCCAGCAAGCCACCCUCAAGGCUUCUAUAUGAUGUUAGGCAGGUAUAUGGGCAUUAAAAUUAUGCAAGAUAGAUGAGCUUCAAGAGAGGCUAUUUAUAACAUCUUGGACUUCCAUAUGGCAGCAUUAUCCUUUUGCUUUAUAUAUAUAUAUAUAUAUAUAUAUAUAUAUAUAUAUUUAAUCAAUAAACCCAUGCGUUGUGACUCAAAUGGGAUAAGGGUUUGGUUGGGAAAAAGGAGGCACUUAUCUACACCCCCACCCCACCAACCCACUCCUUGUGUACCUCUUUAUUUCAUAUUAAAUAAAUUUCCCUUGUAAUGCUGAGUUAUGCAAAAAAAAAAAAAUUUAUUUUAAAAAAAAAAAAAAACACUCUUCCUCCAUACAGCUUGUCUUUGGAAAACAAGGACAUCGAAAGUCUCAAUUCCC